ACACACACACACACACACACACGCCAUGGGUUCCUCCUCUUCGAGCUUGAAGUCCGGGGUCAACUCCGACAAGUACCGGACCCUGCAGGACGUGCAGGCGGCCCUGCGCAAGGCCAACCUCGAGUCCUCGAACCUCAUCUUCGCCAUCGACUACACGGCCUCCAACUUGCAGACCGGCCAGGAGUCCUUCGGUGGCCGGUGCCUGCACUGGCUGGACCCGAACCGCGACCAGCAGAACCCCUACCAGCAGGCCAUCAAUGUCAUCGGCGCCACGCUGGAAUCCUUCGAUGAGGACAAGAUCAUCCCGGCCUACGGGUUUGGCGAUGUCAACACUCGCGACGUGGGUGUCUUCCCGCUGCAUGUGGACCCGCGUGGGUGCCACACCUUCCAGGAGGUCAUGCAGCGCUACAUCGAUGUGACGCCGCAUGUGCAGAUGUCCGGGCCGACGUGCUUCGCGCCGGCCAUCAACGUGGCCCUCGAGAUCGUCCGGCAGAACCGGAACCAGUACCACAUCCUGGUCAUUGUGGCCGACGGCCAGGUGUCCAACAUGAAGCGCACGCGCGACGCCAUCGUCGAGGCGUCCAACUAUCCGCUGAGCAUCGUGCUGGUGGGCGUCGGCGAUGGUCCGUGGGACCAGAUGAAGCACUAUGACGACAUGCCCGGCCGGCGCUUCGACAACUUCCAGUUCGUCAACCUCCAUAAGAUUGUCAAGCAGAACCCCUCCUACCCGGACCCGGCGUUCGCCCUGGCCGCCCUCAUGGAAAUCCCGGCGCAGCUGAAGGCCAUCCGCCGGCUGGGGUACAUUUGAUCACCAAGGCAACCUCAAUACAACCAAACCCCGACA